AUGCAACCACCAACCGGCCUUAUUCCCAUUUUCUCCGCGGUCCGCAGCCUAAUGAACGCCCUCCGAGAAGGCGAGCAGAGCGCCCUUCAUGUCGCACAACAGCACGGCUUCUCCACUUCCCCAAGCUCGGGCAUUCUCGUCGCUUCCGCUCUCGUCUUGGUCUUGCUAGCCGCCGUCAAGGCCUCGACAUUGAACAAUGUAGCAUUCGACAAGGGUCCCCAGAAACAAUCUGGCCCAAGCGUGCUGCAGCCACCAUGA